AUGCCGUCCACUCUCUCAAAGCAACUCAUAAGUGUUGGUUCUUUCUCAAAAACUCUGUUAAUGGCAUGGUACCAAUAUUUUCGACCCAUGUCAUGGAUAGCGUUAGCAACUCUUGUCAUUGGUCUUGUAUUUGGUGUAUUUCGCAUUCUUGCAGUUUACGACGUUUCGUAUUUUGGAAGAAAACAGUCGAAACCAAACACUUCUUCCAGUGCUUCCACAUCCGUAGCUGCAGAAAUUGUUCUUAAGGAUCAUCAUCAAGAAGUAAGAGCAGCAAAACAAUCCUCUCUUUCAAUCCCGGAAAAUUCCUCUCCUCAAGAAUUUGCAUCAUUCUUCAUCACUACCUUUGUCAACAAAGUGUGUACAUUAUGCAUGAACGUGUUUUCAAAGAGAUCCAAAGAAAAGGUUCCAAAAGUUUUGGCAAUUUCAGCUUCAUUCAUUGCAUUAAUGAUUUUACAAUCCUUGGUGACGAGAAGAAACAUGGUAUAG